AUGUCCGAGAUGAUUCCACUUUCAGAGAGUAAUGUUGUUGACAUAGAGAUUCCUUGCAUUGUAUUUUUUGCCCUAACCCCCGUAUUUUUAGCUAUUCGGAUGAUAUCCAGACUCAAAACAGGCUCCGGGAUUGGAUGGGAUGAUGGAACAAUCAUGGUCUCUUGGACUUUCGCGCAGACCGUCUCGGGACUUUUGAUAGCUGCCUGCGAGCACGGAUUCGGACAGCAUAUAUAUAACCUCUCAGCCCAAGAUCAAAUUUUCGCACUCAAGCUCUACUACAUCGCACAAGCAUUCUACAAGCUUACCUUAAACCUCACCAAGGCGUCUAUUCUCUUAUUAUAUCUCCGCAUUUUCCUCCAGCGAUGGUUCAGAAUCUCUUGUUACAUCUUGCUCGGCAUAAUUUUAUGUUAUAUGCUAGCGACCACUGCUGCAUCUAUAUGGCAGUGUACCCCCAUCAGCCGAGCCUGGGAUAAAUCAGUGCCAGGAACAUGCAUCAGUAUCACCAGCAACUGGUAUUCGAACGCGGGCUUCUCGAUUGCUACGGAUAUUGCAAUCCUUGUGCUUCCCAUGCAACCCAUCUUCCGGUCUAAUCUACCGACGAAACAGAAGUGGGCGUUGGUGAUCGUGUUCACUUUGGGGAUCUUUGUAACUAUAACGAGUAUCCAACGUAUGCAGACAAUUGACUUCUCGUCCACGAGCACCGAUCCUACUUACGACAUCGCCUCUUCGACUUGGACAGUCAUCGAAGAAAACCUUGCCAUCAUAUGUGCGUGUCUUCCUAUGUGUAAGGGGCCACUCAACUGGCUGUUCCCAUCGGUAUUCAUGGGAAGUUCAAGGCGCACCUCAACUAGUUACAAGCCGAGCCACCCGACGAAUAAUUCCAGUCGAAAUUAUUGGGCACCAAUCCGUGGCGAUAGUGAGAUGCUGAGCACGCGCGUAACCUCUGUCCAAGGGCGUAAGCCGACCGAGGGCAGCAAUAGUCGGGAGUACAUGUUGGAAGAGACCGGAUCACUAGAUCGCAAGAGCGAUGUGGAGGAUGUUCGGGGUAUUCGGAAAGUUAUCCAAUAUGAUAUCACAGUACAUACAUCCGGUGAUGGUAAAGAGACAGUCUGA